CCUAUGACCAUGGAGAUGAAGGACUCGGGCAGCGUGGUCCUGACAGCUUACCAUCCCCACAGCACAGCCAGGAUCCCAAGCAUGGAGCAGAGCUUUGUGCAGGACAUCCCCCCCAGCCAUUCGCCCACCAGCAGAAAGUCUCUCCCUCGUUGUCGAAGAAUUAACAGGAUGCUUUCCAACGAGUCGGCACCUUCUCCUGCAUUCAGUCGCUCCAGCUCACAGGCCUCCAUGGACAGUACCUCCAUGGAGGACUUCUGGUGCGAAGUGGAGAGCAUCAAGGAGAGCAGCGAAGAUGGAUCUGAAGAAGCCACGCUCUUGGAGUUCAAACCUGCUGACGAAGGGGAGCUGGAGGCAGAAUGGCUGCAAGAUGUAGGUUUAUCUACAUUGAUCUCUGGAGCUGAAGAGGAGGAUGGCCAAGCCCUGCUGUCCACUCUGACCCGAACUCAAGCUGCUGCCGUACAGAAGAGGUACAACACCUACACUCAGACCCUGAGGAAGAAGAACAAGCACACAGUCCGGGAUGUGCGAGACGUCUUUGGCACCAAUGACCCUUCUCCCACAUUUGAGACAGUUCCAGUGUCACCAGUUCCUUCUAAUGGUAUCCAGCUUCCUGGGCAGAAGCCAGUUUGGAAAUCAGUUAGCUCUAAUAGCUGUCUAGACUGCGGACUAGAUAAAGGCAGCCCAUCCAUAACAGAAGAGCUCUCCUAUGAGGUUUCUUUCUCAGAAUCCAUUACGGUCCUUCCAAAAACCCAAGAAUGGCCGAAAAACCAGAGGUUCAAAAAGGAAGACUCUGCUUUGCCUAAAUUCAUUGUUCGGAAAAGCCGGUUUGGACUGACAGAGGUUGGAGACCUCUCUCCGGAAGACAUGAAGAAGAUCCGCUACCUCUCCCUGAUUGAGCUAACGGCCUUCUAUGACGCACUGGGGGUGGAGCUGAAGAGGAACCGCUUAGAGAGGGUGCGGGGACGAGAAAAUGGUCUGUUUGGAGUCCCUCUGACCAUACUGCUGGAAAAUGAUCAAAAGAAGUUUCCUGGAAUAAAAGUUCCCCUCAUCUUCCAAAAAUUGCUGCUUAAGCUUGAGGACACAGGUUUGGAAACUGAAGGAAUUCUACGAGUGCCUGGAUCUGCCUCCAGAGUCAAGAAUCUCCAUCAAGAACUGGAGGCAAAAUUUUACGAAGACACUUUUGACUGGGACCAAGUACGAAAUAAUGAUGCAGCAGGACUGCUGAAAAUGUUUAUAAGAGAACUCCCAAGCCCACUCUUCACAGUAGAAUAUCUUCCUGCUUUCAUCAUGCUAGUGGAAAAAAUCUCCAAGAUCAAGUUACAGCUACAAGCUUUGCAUCUGUUGAUCAUGCUGCUGCCUGAAGCCAACAGAGACACAGCCAAGGCCUUUCUUCAGUUCCUGAAGAAGGUGGUUGCUAAUGAAGGGAAAAAUAAAAUGAAUUUGUGGAAUGUUUCUAUGAUUGUUGCACCAAACCUCUUCAUCUACAAAGGGAAACGUGCAAACCAACAAGAAAUGCAAGCAGCUGCCACCACAGCACACAUUGUGCGGCUUUUAAUUCGGUACCAGGACAUCCUGUGGACAGUCCCAUCCUUCCUGAUUUCCCAAGUGAGAAAAAUGAAUGAGGCAGCAAUGAACAACAGCAAGAGGCAGCUGAUGUUUGACAAAGGAGUGAGAAAACUUCUGAGAAGAAAGACCAUGGAACGGGAGAGACCUGAAAGACCAGAGGGAGCUGUCACUUUUCCCCCAUACCUGCAGUCUGACAUACCCGAGGGUGUGAUAAGAGUUUAUGCUCCACUGCAUUCAAAAGUCUCUAUGGCAAUUCAACUCAACAGCCAAACAAAAGCCAAAGACAUCCUGGCUCGUUUCCACUGUGAAAACAGCCGUGGUUCAUCACAGAACAUGAGAGGCCAGAUCCAAAGUUUACAUGAAAUUGGAGGAAAUAUAGGCCAGCACUGUUUGGAUCCAGAUGCCUACAUGUUAGAUGUUUACCGCGCAAAUCCUCAGGCAGAAUGGGUGAUAAAACCAAAAGCAAGCUGA